AUGUCAGAUAUGGAAGAAUUGGAUGUCAAAGCCAAACAGUACACUCCUCAGCUAUUUUUAGAGUCUGAGGACAAGACGGACGAGGCUAGAAGUACAUUUAAUGAACUUCAAGAAUGCACAUACUCUUCUAAGAGUACUGGUUCCUCCGGGCAACAUGAACAUAUGACUUGUGAUUGUUAUGAAGAUUGGGAUUCAGAUAAGCAACAGAAUAUGGCUUGUGGUGAAGAUUCAGACUGUAUCAAUAGAGUAACUUCAGUCGAAUGUAGUAAUAAAUUUUGUACAUGUGGAAAUGACUGUCAGAACCAGAGAUUUCAAAAAAAACAAUACGCUAAUGUAACUGUUAUUCAAACUGAGUUGAAAGGAUAUGGUUUGAGAGCCAAUGAAGAUAUUUCCGAAUCAAGCUUUAUAUACGAAUAUAUAGGUGAGGUGAUUGAUGAAGAAAGCUUCAGGAAGAGAAUGAUUGAUUAUGAUACUAAAAAGUUGAUACAUUUUUAUUUUAUGAUGUUGAAAAAGGAUUCAUUCAUUGAUGCAACUAUGAAAGGUUCGUUAGCUCGUUUUUGUAACCAUUCGUGUAACCCAAAUGCAUAUGUUGAUAAAUGGGUUGUUGGUGAAAAAUUAAGAAUGGGUAUAUUUUCCAAGAGAAAUAUUCAAAAAGGCGAAGAAAUCACAUUCGACUAUAACGUUGAUAGAUAUGGUGCACAAUCUCAACCAUGUUAUUGCGGUGAACCAAAUUGUAUAAAAUGGAUGGGUGGAAAAACUCAGACUGAUGCUGCGUUAUUAUUGCCUGAUGGAAUCUCUGAGGCACUAGGUGUUACUCAUAAGCAAGAAAGACAAUGGUUGAAGGAAAAUAAACAUCUUAGAUCCAAACAACAAAGUGACGAAUCAAUUAUUAACGAAGCAUUUGUUAAGUCUAUAGAGGUUUCAGCCUUAACCGAAAGUGAUGUUUCGAAGGUAAUGGGUGCUUUGAUGAGGGUUCAAGAUUUAAACAUAACUCAGAAAUUGAUAGAGAGGAUAUACUUGACUAGCGAUGACAGUAUAAACUCCUCAAUUAUAAGAGUUCACGGUUAUAAAACUUUAUCACAAACCAUUAAAGCAUUUAAAGAUGAAGAUAAGGAGCUAAUAAGCAAAAUAUUAAUUAUCUUAGCCAAAUGGCCAAAGGUUACACGUAACAAAAUCUCGUCAUCCCAGAUUGAGGAUGUAGUUAAAGACAUCAAUACCAAUAGUAAUGACGACAACUUAAAAAAGUUAUCAUCUGAUUUACUAGCUGAAUGGGGUAAGCUACAAAUGGCAUAUAGAAUUCCAAAGAAUAUUGGUAAUGAUAAAGAAUCAAACUCGCCUGCAUUGUACGGUAGAAAUGCCAGAUCUAGAUCCAGAUCCAGAUCACCGGAUAGAGGAAAAUCUGCCGAGCCUCAGCAUGUGGAAACCGACGAGGCAUUACCAGAUGGUUGGCAAACGGCAUUUGACCCUAACACUCAAACUAAUUACUAUUACCAUGCAGAAUUAGGAAUUUCUAAAUGGGAAAGACCAAUUAAGGAAGUUCCAAAAGGUCCAAAGGGUCCGAAAGCUUUACCAGUCAGCGAGCCUAUACAAAGACCUAAUCUGAACAGCAAUGGAAGGAGUUAUAAUGAAGAGGAACUCACUAGGAGAGAAGAAGAAAGGUUGAAAAGAGAAAAAGAGGAACAAUUUAAAGAAAUUCAACAGAAAGAAAGACUUUUACAAGAAUUGAUCCUUCAAUCUCAGAAAGAGCUAGAAGAGAAAAAAUCGUUUGAAGAGAAGAUGAAGCUAGAAAAACUUGAGAAAGAAAAAGAAAGACAAGCGCUUAAACGUAAAAAGCUCAAAAAGUCCAAGUCAUCUAUACCACCAGCACCACCAGUUCCAAUUGACGGACAAUGGACAAAAACAUUUGCUAAGCAUGUUCCUAACUUUCUCAAGAAAUAUGAAGCGGAAAUUGGUAGGGAUAAUAUCAAAGGAUGUGCGAAAGAGUUAGUGAAAACUUUAGUAGCUAAGGAAAUGAAAAAGAAUCCAGAUACUAAACCUCCUAAAGAAUUAGAUAAUGCAAAAUUAAAGAAAAUAAAGGAAUACUCGAAGAUGUUCAUGGAUAAAUUUUUGAUUAAAUAUAGAUCCAAGCAUGAUAAGAAGAGAAGUCAUAAUGAAGAAAAUGGAGGAACCAAGAGGGUGAAACCUGAUGUCGAAUAG